CAGAGUAGCACAAACCUGAUAAUCUCCAUUUUCAAUUCCAAUAUAUGCACCUCCACUCAGCGUUAAAAUAGCCACACGCAAUCGUGGACUUGACGCUGAGCCGAGGUCCACGUGAACCUAGUGCUUUACCGUCCCGAGCUCUUCUCCAUCCCCGCGCCAACUCAUUCAUUCAUCGCCAGUUCAAUUCAACGUUUGCGAUUGUUGGGCGUUUAUUUCCGUCUGCCUGGGUUAUAUAUUCUGGGUCUUAUCUGUGGGAUUGAGGUCGAGAAAUUUACGGAACCACUCCUGACAUUCAGUAUCCCGGGUAUAGCAUCACAUCACAUCACCGCAAUCAUGGCCGACGCUCAAAGAUAUUCCUCGUACAAAUACUUCAACAUUUUCUUCCCAGAACAAUACCAAUAUGUGGCCCACGUGGAAAUCAACAGACCAGACAAGAUGAAUGCCUUUUUCGAAGCCAUGUGGCUCGAACUCGGCCAAAUCUUCACCCAACUCUCGCACGACUCUUCCGUCCGCGCAAUCGUGCUCUCCGGCGCAGGAGAUAAAGCCUUCACAACAGGCCUCGAUGUAAAAUUCGCCUCUCAAGGCCUGCUAGCCGAAAAGAAAGUCGCCGACGCGGCGCGCGAAGCCUUCGAGCUCCGUCGGCACAUCGCCUCAUUCCAGGACUGUAUUACGGCCGUAGAACGGUGCGAGAAACCCGUUAUCUGCAUCAUGCAUGGUUUGGCGCUCGGGUUGGCUGUUGACUUGUCCGUUGCGACGGAUGUGCGGCUUGCGAGCGCCGAUUUCCGGUGUGCCGUAAAAGAAGUGGAUGUUGGGCUUGCGGCCGAUAUAGGCACGUUGAGCCGUCUGCCCAAGGCUGUGGGAAACUAUGGCUGGGUGAAGGAGGUUGCGCUGACGGCACGGUUCUUUUUGGCGGACGAGGCGAAAGAGGUUGGGUUUGUGAAUGCGGUUUAUAAGGAUAAGGAGGAGACGGUCCGGAGGGGGUUGGAGAUGGCGGGGUUGAUGGCGAGGAAGAGCCCUGUUGCGGUGCAGGGGACGAAGGAGUUGUUGAAUUAUUCGAGGGAUCAUUCUGUUGAGGAUGGGCUGAGAUAUACGGCUGUUUGGAAUGCGGCGGCGUUGCAGACCAAAGAUAUCCAGGCUGCGAUGCUGUCUGGGCUGCAGAAAAGAAUUCCAACGUUUGAGAAGUUGUAAUUGUGAGAUGCUAUGUAAAUAUGUGCUGUUCAAUUACUAGUUACGCCAAACCGUCUACCUCGUAUGUCCAAGUACUUCACUUCAAUGACCAUACUUCAUCUCCACGAACAAGACAGAGAUCUCCUAUCUCCUAUGUGUCUUCCAAGCCUCCACCUCUCCUCCACCCCGAAUCACAGCAACCCUCAUACCAGCUAGGAGGUUAUUCGCAGCAUUGUGAUGGUGAUACACACCCCCAUGGAACAUGGCCGUCGCAUCUUUGCCAAUGCCAGAUUUGAUAUACGCCUCGCCACCAGGAUGCUCAGCGAUGAAAUCCGCA